UUGUUGACAGCGGAGCUCGAAGGAUGCCCUGUGAGCAGGAGGAGGAGGAUCGGCUGUGAGGACGGCCGGAACGGAGCAGGAGGGUACGGAGCCCGAUCUCUUCAGGUCCCCGCGGGAUUUACGGCAGCCUCGGCGGGGGGCCCCGUUCAGCGCCCGGCGGACAGGAAGCUGCGGUGCACUUGACUGGCGACGCAAAGAUCUGCCCCCCAAUGUUCCAGACAAGUUAGCCUUGGAGGCGGGCAUCCAUCUACCUGGAGCCCAACUUUCCAGCAAGUUUUCCUUCUCAGCAACCCAUCAACAUGGCCACAGACAGCCCCGAAUCCCUCAUGACCAUCUGCACGGACUUCUGCCUCCGCAACCUAAAGGGGACGCUCUGCUACCUCUUAGACAAUGAAAUCCUCCGUCUCCAUCCGGACAUCUUCCUGCCCAGCGAAAUCUGUGACCGUCUAGUGAACGAGUACAUCGAGCUGGUGAACGCAGACAGCGGCUUUGAACCCCACGAGAGCUUCUUCUCUUUGUUCUCAGAGCCGCAGAGCACUCGACUCACCCGCCUGCAUCUAAGGGAGGACAUCGUCCAGGACCAAGAUCUGGAGGCCAUCGCUAAACAAUACCUGGUUGAACUGUACCUUACGAACUGUGAGAGGCUGACGGCCAAAAGCCUACAGACCCUGGUCAAUUUCAAGUCCACCCUCGUGUCGCUAAGCCUCUUUGGGUGCAGCAACAUCUUCUAUGAGGAGGAGCACCUGGGUCGCUAUGAUGAUACUGACUGUCUUGUGAACCCCACCCGGCAGAUCCUGACCCGGGACUUCACUUUCCAAGGUUUCCAACAUCUACGCUUUUUAAAUAUUGGCUGCAUCACCAAAGGGGUGGACGUAGAGAUGAUGCUUCGCCCCCUGACUCGUCUAAAAGCUCUAAAUCUAUCAGGAAUUCAGAUGAAUGACAUUGGUUUUCUGACUCAGUGGAAGAACACGUUGGUGUCUCUAGUCUUGUACAACAUGGACCUAUCUGAGGAUCAUAUCCGCGUCAUUGUACAGCUGCAGAAACUCAGGCACCUGGAUAUUUCCCGCGAUAGACUUUCAAACUACUACAAGUUCAAACUUACCCGCAAGGUGCUAAGCCUGUUUGUGCAGAACCUGGAAGACUUGGUCUCUCUGGACAUCUCUGGUCAUACGAUGCUGGAGAACUGCGCCAUGUCUAAGAUGGAUGAUGAGUUGGGUCCUCCUAGCUACGACCCCAGUAAGAGCAGUAUCGUUCCGUUCCGUUCUCUGAAGAGGCCUCUACAGUUCUUGGGUCUUUUUGAAACAUCUCUCUGUCGGCUAACACACAUCCCAGCGUACAAGGUGAGCGGAGACAAGAACGAAGAGCAGGUGCUAAAUGCCAUUGAAGCGUACACCGAGCACCGCCCUGAGAUAACCUCCCGUGCCAUAAACCUUCUGUUUGACAUUGCCCGUAUAGAGAGAUGCAUCCAGAACUUGCGGGCCCUGCAGUUGGUGAUCGCAGCUCUGAAGUGUCACAAGUACGAUAAAACCAUCCAGGUUACCGGGAGUGCAGCCCUCUUCUACUUGACUAGUGCAGAAUACCGCAGCGAGCAGAGCGUACGGCUCCGGCGGCAGGUCAUCCAAGUGGUGCUCAAUGGCAUGGAGUCCUACCAGGAAGUCACAGUGCAGAGAAACUGCUGUCUCACGCUGUGUAAUUUCGGCAUCCCCGAGGAGCUCGAGUUCCAGUAUCAGAGAGUAAAUGAGCUGCUACUGAAUAUCCUCAUCCCGACGCGGCAAGAUGAGUCCAUCCAGCGUAUCGCAGUUCACCUCUGCAAUGCCCUUGUCUGUCAGGUGGACAAUGACCACAAGGAGGCGGUGGGGAAGAUGGGCUUCGUCAUGACUAUGCUUAAACUGAUUCAGAAGAAGCUGCAGGACAGAACAUGUGACCAGGUGAUGGAGUUUUCCUGGAGUGCCCUGUGGAACAUCACAGACGAGACCCCGGAUAAUUGUGAGAUGUUCCUCAACUAUGGCGGCAUGAAGCUGUUUCUCGACUGUCUACGAGAGUUUCCAGAGAAGCAGGAACUGCAUCGUAAUAUGUUGGGACUGCUGGGAAAUGUGGCAGAGGUCCGUGAGCUCCGCCCACAGCUGAUGACGUCACAGUUUAUUACAGUCUUCAGCAAUCUCCUGGAAAGCAAAGCAGAUGGGAUUGAGGUCUCGUACAAUGCUUGCGGGGUGCUGUCCCACAUAAUGUUUGAUGGUCCCGAGGCCUGGUUCAUUGCAGAACCCACACGCCCAGAAGUGGAAGAACGCAUGUGGAGAGCCAUUCAGAGCUGGGAUAUAAGCUCCAGAAGAAACAUUAACUACCGGUCUUUUGAGCCCAUUCUCCGGCUUUUGCCUCAGUGCGUUUCUCCUGUGAGCCAGCACUGGGCGACGUGGGCCCUGUAUAACCUUGUAUCUGUAUACCCGGACAAGUACUGCCCCCUGUUGAUCAAGGAAGGAGGACUCCCUCUGCUUCUAGAUGUGCUCAAAAUGACCACUACACGCCAAGAAACCAAGGACAUGGCAAGGAAAGUGAUUGAGCAUUGCAGUAGUUAUAAUGAAGAGAGCAUGGACACAUUACUAUAAAGAAGCUGAAGCCACGUGUCUCCUGUGCCCUCCCCACAGAGUGCACUUCUAUCCAGCUGGGGGGUGCCACAUGUGCCCCCCGAUACCACCAGGCACCAGAAAGAACUUACUUUGCACAGAAAACUCUUGUGAUUGGUGUUUUAUUUUUAUCCUUUGGUUGUGGUUUGUAGAGAAAGCUACAGCAGCAACCACGUAACCAGACUGUGACCCCAUAGACGCCCCUUGAAAGCCUCUGGGCAGAGGACAGAAGGACAUGAAGACGGGCUCCUCACACCUUACCACACUCCUUGAAAAUGGACGAGCCCUAUGUACGUCCAGAUGUCACCAAGCCUUUUUCUAUGGGCGUAGUUCACCCACCUAAGGCUUGGCAAGUUUAAUACCUGACAUCCCUGCCAGUCUGCGUAAAGUAAAACGGCUGCUCACACUACAGAACCCCCUUCCCCCUUGGGUUGGCAUUGUAAUGGGUUGUCUACGAACCAGAUGUUCAAGUUUGCGAAAUAGCACUCCUCCAGAAAGCUGUCUCUCUAGUGCCACCUAUAGGUGACUCUUCAGGAAAAACCAUAACCUUCCCAGAGGCUAUAUAUAUAUAUAUAUAUAUAUAUAUAUAUAUAUAUGUGUGUUUGGUGGCAUAGAAUACCCUAACUUCCAAGGGGAAGCACAUCGCGAAAGCAGCAAGGACACCGCCAGGUCCUAGAUACGAACGCUGUACGAGAAGCCCGAUACACAAAGGAGCCGAAACUGUACACGGCCACUGCCAUUGACUCCUCCACAGGGCACCGUGUGCCCUUUUUGAAAGUGCCCAAGCCAAAUUUCUCAUACAUUUGAUGUUACCACUCACUGUUAUCUGCGUUGUAUUUGUUUUUUAAAGUAGUUGCGCCAUGUAACCGCAUCAUAACGCACCCUUGCCGACACCUUAGCGCCGUUUGUGUACAAGCUGUUUGCCGUGAUCUGUCCUAUAUUGAGUUAUGGUACACCAAAGGUGUAGUCUCCUCACGGAAAAGAGCGAUCCUGCAAAAACGAAGGCUGCGUACUCUUAAAGGAGAUGGAAUGUCUACUUUUUGUCUCUCUGAAAUGGCGCCACCCUUGUAGAUGGGCUGUGCCCGGUAUUGCACUUAGUUGAAAGGGGCUGAACUGCGUUACCUGACGCAGCCAGUGGACAACACUGGUGCCGUUUCAGACUCUUUCUCCUCCUGGACAUUCCCUUUAAAGCCUAACUAAACCUGAUAAACGAUGGUGUGAAUUAUUUUUUUUUUCUUAUGUAGUUCGAGAAAGCUGAGC